AUGAGGACCGCGCUCGCCGCCCUUCUCAUUCUUAAAAUCGCUCUCGCGGGGGAUGCUUCCACUACAGUAGCCCCUGUGGCCGAGCCGCCGAAAUUUACUACUGCCCAGCAAUGUAAAUGUUCGGUGUUGGACGAGUGUUCAACGGAUUUCUUCACGAAACAGGCAGCUUGCAAGAGAUCCGACGAGUGCCUCAAUAUCCUCAAGAAAGUCGGAGAUGCCAACAAAAUCAAAGCCUGCCUCGAUGUCGAGCACGCUACCGUCCACAAGGUCGAAGGCUGCGUCAAGAAGAAGGUCAACGGUGAACUCGGAUGCACGAACGAUGCAGUGCCGAAGAACUUGACGAUCCCGUUGAUUCCGUUGAUUGAAGCGCCGAUGGGUGAUGAAGGAGAGGAAGGAGCGACUGAGCAAGCCAACCCUGCCCAAGGGCCUCCAGAAUUGGGACGUUAUGUGAUGUGCGUUGAUCAGUGUGCAAUGGGAGAAGAUGCCGAAUUCACCGGAAUUGGCCGACGCAAGAAGCGAUCGGCUGUAAACUGUGCUUUCAAGCUCAAGUGCGCCCUCUCUCCUCCAGAUGAGAAAAUCCAGAAGGCGUUCCUCGACUGCGAGUCCGAGUUCGGGAUCCAACCCCAGCAGAAAGUGCAAGAAAGCUGCGAGUGCCUAAAAGCCGCCGGCGUCGCCAUCACUUGUCCC